AUGGUGGACAAGGGGAAAUCAGUAGCUCUUCGAACAGACCCUGUCGUCAUCGAAGCCUUGGCUGAACACACAGCAACGGUGAUAUUCAUCCACGGCUUAGGCGAUUCACCAGACGUACUAUUUGGGCCGGUUGAGCACUGGAGAGGCAACGGCCACCUCGACCAUGUGAGAUUUGUGCUCCCCUAUGCGCCCGUGAUUGCAUUCACCGCGAAAGGGGGAGUGUCGACGCCUGCGUGGUUUGACAUUCAAGUCUACGAUGGCUCUCCGGAUGCACUCCAGACUGAUGAAGACGUAGACGGCAUGUUCGCCAGCAGAGACUACAUCCAAAGCCUCAUCAACGAUGAAAUCCGCGCUGGUACACCCGCAAACCGCAUCAUCGUUGCCGGCUUUUCGCAGGGCGGGGUGGUGGCUGUUCUCGCCGGCCUGACGUUUCCACAGACUCUCGCCGGCGUCGUGCUGCUCUCGGCAUGGAUACCGCUGAUUGAAAACUUUAAGGAAUAUGUAGCCGAAGAUGAUGCAAGCAAGGAGACGCCCGUCUUUUUGGGCCACGGCAUACAAGACCGCAUGGUGACGCUGCGGUUGGCCAAGAAGAGCCGAGAUGCGUUGGCGGCGAUGGGAUUCUCCAUCUCUUGGGAUGUAUAUCCUGCUCAAGGCGUCGGGGGUCAUGCUAACGGGUUGGUGGUGGGCAGCGGACUGGGUCAUGCGACUUGCGAGGACGAGCUGGACGAUGUAGAGGCCUUUAUGGACGAGAACUUGUCUUAG